UGAAAGGCUGCUAACCCUAGUCUCUCUUCACUCCUCUCUCUCGCACACGCACAUUACUUUUUUCUCACUCCCCUUCCACCCGCCAAAACGCCACCGGUGGUGGCUGCCGUACCUGAUAAUUUACGCUCCCAUACAAUUUGGUUAUCAAAUUUUUAUCUUUGAUCGUUUCUGCUAUUUUUACGCUUACUUGUGUUUGAUUAAACGCAUUCGACUAUUUAUUUGUUCAUGGCUAUGGAGAAGGGGGACAAUGGGGAUGACGGUGGUAGUGGUGGUGGUCCGGUUGAUAAUCAGCUGGCCAUGGUAGGUGGACCUCCUAAGUCUCUGUGGAAAACGGCAACCGCUGGCCCUCUGGUUACUGAUUCGGUGUCCUGGCCGGCGCUUUCCGAAACGCAGCAGUCGAAGAAUCAUGAGAUCGUUGAUUCUAAGUCGUCCAAGUCGCUUUCGGCGCCACCAUUUGCAUUGAUGGAUGGUUCUACUGCCGCUUCGGCUACAGUUGAGCAACAGAAGUUCCAUGGACGUGGUAGAAUUAGAUCCCCCCGCAGACCGUACUCUGUGCAUCAUAACAAUGCUGGCCCUAAGCAUUUCCAAAAUGGUUUACCUCCAUUUCCCAUUCGCCUACCAUAUCAUGCUCAAAGAUUUCCACCAGUUUUUCAUCCUAUUGGUCCUGUUCCACCCAUUGCUCCCCCUCCCCCUCCCCCUCCAUAUGCUUAUUGGUUUCCCCCAGGACCUUUCCCUAGAGUUGAUACUCAAAUGGUAGAUUCUUGUGGUGAUCCAGGACAAGCUUUUGCUAAACCAGUAAAUGGGGGAUCUCAGCCUGCACCCCGCCCUGCCUUGAGUUCCUAUGAUUCAAAUUCUGUUGGAAGAAGGUCAAGUACAAAUAAAAAUGGUGGACAGGCAAAUCCUUCUUUGAAUAAUCAACGGCCAGUUGGUUAUAGUAACUUACAUUUGCAGCAAAAUAUGGGGCCUAGAAUUAUGAAUAGGCCUGGUCCUAUGUUUUUCCCUGUAGGCUUUGUUGAUGGGUCACACUUUCAAGGUCCACCAGGUGUAAUGUAUUUCUAUCCUCCUCCUCCUCCUCCCCCUCCUCCCGGCUCUAUUAGAGUUCCUUGGACACCAUAUAAUGUUCCUCCUCCUCAGAGUCCAGGAAAUCCCGUGUCAUCCUCACCAACUGCAGCCUUGAGGGCUAGUGUUGUAAAGCAAAUUGAAUAUUAUUUCAGUGAUGAGAAUCUGGACAGGGAUUACUACUUGAUCUAUCAGAUGGACAAUGAAGGAUGGGUUCCAUUAUCAAAAAUUGCUGGCUUCAAAAGAGUUGAAAAAAUGAAGGUUGAUAUUCCAUUUAUUAUCGACGCAUUGCAGGCUUCAGAAACUCUUGAAGUGAAGGAUGAGAAGGUUAGGAGACGCAAUGAGUGGUCAAAGUGGAUCUUAACUUCUCCGAGCAUUGGAUCUUUGUUAACAGAUGCAAAUCCCGUGCAGAAUAUUGAUAACAAUGAAAACCAGAGGGAGGUGUCCACAGGAACAUCAGAAUUUCCUCCACCAAGUGGGUGUCCUAUUGUUGAUGUGGGGGAAAUAAAGAAACCUGUUAGCAAUGAUAUAGAGGAAGCCAAUGAUGGUGCUCUUACAAACGUUGAGACACAAAAGCAUCCUUCGGGAGACGAUAAUUCGAUCAAAGACUUAGAUUUUCAGCCCAACAAUACUAAAUUAAAUUCAGUAGGCUCACAAAGAGGUGACUUAAUUAAGUCGGUCAGUCCUGAGUUGGAUGACUUUUCUAAUGAUUUUUCAAGCACAUUUAUGCUUGAUGAAGAACUUGACCAAGAGCAGAGGUUGACUAAUAAUGAUCACACUUCCACCAUGGGAAGGGCUGAUGAAGAAGAUGAUGAAAUCACUAUUAAUGAUCGAACUGUUGAACGGCUUGUAAUUAUCACUCAGAAUAGUGGGACAGUCGAAGGACCCUGUGAAGAAUCCAAAACCAUGUCUUGUGAACUUGCUUCUGCUAUUAGCGACAGCCUCUACUUUUAUGAGCAGGAAUUAAACUCAGGGCGGGGAUGCAGGGAUGAAAGCACCACAUGCUCCAUUGGCAAUGCUGAUGUUUCGAACUCAAAGGUGUCCACUCAGUGCGCUGGAGCAAGAGGCUGCGAAGGCCAUGGAGAUUCUAAUUCUCGACAAAAGCAAAGUAGAGGAAACUCAAAGCAUCAUUCCAUUCAUAGGCAACGACUGUUCUAUAGCAGUGUUAAAGGACAAGGAAGUGGCGAAAACUCUAUUGGAAUAAUAUCUGAAAGUCCACCUACUGAUGCAAUUGGUUUUUUCUUUGGUUCUACUCCUCCAGAUAGUCAUGGGAUCAGGCAUUCAAAGUUGAGUGCUUCACCUCAGAGUAAUCUGUCAGGAAGCAGUUCACCUGUUGGUUUAGCGUCGAAGUCAUUUCCUGGAUUUCAGCAUCUGAGUCACAAACUUUUGGAGGAAAAUGGUUUCAAGCAACAAUUGUACAAGAAAUACAAGAAACGGUGCCUCAGUGAUCGGAAGAAAUUAGGAAUUGGCUGCAGUGAGGAGAUGAACACAAUAUACAGGUUCUGGUGUUAUUUUCUAAGGACCAUGUUUGUCGACUCCAUGUACAACGAAUUCAAGAAAUUGGCUCUUGAAGAUGCCAGUGCUGGCUACAAUUAUGGGGUCGAGUGCCUAUUCAGGUUUUACAGUUAUGGGUUGGAGAAGGAGUUCAAAGACGAGCUGUACGAAGAAUUUGAACAGCUUACACUUGAUUUCUAUAACCGAGGGAACCUCUACGGCCUGGAAAAAUACUGGGCAUUUCACCACUACCGGGGGGAUCAAGAAGAGAAAACUGUGAAAAAGAAUCCUGAACUGGACAGACUUCUUAGAGAAGAAUAUCGAAGUUUGGACGACUUCAAGCGCGCCAAAGACAAGAACAAUUGUAAAUCCACGCAAGCAGAUGCUCAUGAUCAUCGGUGAUAAGGACUGGACUUGACUCAGACUAUGGUGCUUAUAUGGAGGGAGUUUAGGUAAAAUUCUAAGAGUCGAAUUCGCAGGCAGCCAGCCGACGUUAAUUUGGCAUCAGAUUGUUUUUGGUUUUGAGGAUGCAUGCUGUAUAUAGCAGGGGGGGGGGGGGGUGGUGGUGAUCCUCCCUCGGAGGUGCCAGCCGGACAACGACGAUGAUGAUCAGCAAUUUAGCUGAAACUGAGGCGUUUUCUUGCUUGCAUUUUUUUCUGUAUAUAAAGGGGGGUCUUUUUGGUGAGUGAAAAAAAUAGAAUAAUAAUAAUAAUAAUUAUAUAUAUAUAUAUUUAUAUUAAAGACAUGACGUUGGAGAGGGGAGGUAACUGUGUGACAUUGAAAUUAAUUGCCUCUAUGAUUCAUCACGUUUUGUCCCAAAUUCAGCACGUUAAUCACGUUGGCUUUU